CUACACGCGCACUAAAACAUGGCGGAUAAACACUAACCCUCACACUUGAGAAAUCACACAAAAACCUUCCCGUGCCAGAGGCUAAGAAAAGCUGGAUCAUGAAGAAACCGGUACCACAGAAAGUAGCUAAUGAGUGGAAAGAUGGCAAACGUAUCAAGCACCCUCGCAGUGGUCGCCCCUCUCGUGUGCCUUCACAGUUUCAAGGUCAUUUCAGUUGGGAGAAGUAUCUGAAAGAGACAGGUGCAGUCGCUGCUCCCACUCAGUGCUUUAAACAGAGCACUGAACCUCCGGAGAAUGAGUUUAAGGCUGGCAUGAAGCUGGAGGCUCAGGAUCCCAGAAACACUACGUCCACCUGCAUCGCUACAGUGGUGGGCCUGACGGGCUCUCGCCUCCGCCUGCGACUAGAUGGAAGCGACAACAAGAAUGAUUUCUGGCGCCUGGUAGACUCAGCAGAAAUCCAGCCUAUUGGGAAUUGUGAGAAGAAUGGAGGCAUGCUGCAGCCGCCACUAGGGUUUCGUCUGAACGCAUCAUCAUGGCCCAUGUUCUUAUUAAAAACACUCAACGGAGCAGAAAUGGCCCCUGCUCGAAUCUUUCACAAGCAAGAGCCACCUGCCCCAGAGCAGAACUUUUUUGAGGUAGGGAUGAAGCUGGAGGCGGUGGACAGAAAGAAUCCCCACUUCAUCUGUCCUGCCACAGUGGGUGCCCUGAGGGGCGUGGAGGUGCUGGUCACCUUCGACGGCUGGCGGGGUGCUUUUGAUUACUAUUGCCGUUACGAUUCCAGAGACAUCUUUCCCGUCGGCUGGUGCACGCUCACUGGAGACAACCUGCAGCCACCGGGCACUAAAGUUGGCUUACCGAAGACACUAGGUGCACUUGGUGCCCUGCCAGACAGCGGCACUGAGGGGACAGGCAUGCCUCCUACGCCAGGCCGACCCCCACCACAGAAGAAACGUAAGCCUGGCCGCAAGAAAAACAAACUGUCUGGGCCCUGGGGUCAGAAGGAAACACUUGGUUCUCAGACAAGCCUACCUGACAAAGAAGUGGAAUCUAUUAAAAUUCCCAAGAAACGAGGCCCCAAACCAGGAAGCAAGUUGAGCUGGGCUAAAAAGACAGCAUGGCUUGAGGAAACAAUUGGAGGUCCCGGUAGACCUAUCAGCAAACCCAGAGGAAAACUACCAGCCAGCUGGACCCAAAAAGUGCAGCAAAACCCAACAGAUCCCAUUAAACUCCCAAAAAAGCGAGGCCCCAAACCUGGUGUAAAGAGAAAGCCUCGAUUGAUACCCAACCCAAUGCCCUCCUCCCCAAGCAGUAGCACUCCAGAACCAGACACCAGCUCAGUCCCGAUGGACAAUGCCACAAUUCCUAAAGCCGCCCUACAGGCCCCUACAGUGUGUGUGUACCUGAAUAAGCAUGGGAACGUGGGUCCCCAUCUGGAUACACGACGUGUCCAGUCUCUCCCAGAUCACUUUGGGCCUGGCCGAGCUUCCUCAGUGCUGCAGCAGUGUGUUCAGGCCUGUGUAGACUGUGCACAUAACCAGAACACAGUUUUCUCCUGCCUCAAACCAGGCCAUGGAGGAGAACUCAUAUCAGCCUGCUUUGAGCAGCAGCAGCACACUCUAACACUGCCGGCAGUGAACAGUGUGACGUAUGUGCUGCGCUUCCUGGAGAAGCUCUGUCACAACCUGCACUGCGACGCAUUGUUCGGCAAUCAGCCCGUCCCUCUGGGUGGAGUUCACUAUGACAGUCGGACGUACACAGAAAGAAGAAACUUUGCAGAAAGUCUGAGUUCUGGACCUGGUCGGGGCACUAAGAGAUUCCUCCAGCAUGACGCCUAUAACAGCAAACCUGUACCACACAAAAUAUCUAAAAACCACCGUCUCUCCUCUGAAGAACCGUUCCUCAUGGAAAAUGGGGUUGGCAGCUCUGACGUUUUGGAGAAAACGCACUUAUCUCCUGGACACAGCUUAACAAAGCGCUCCCUGUCUCAGAAUAGCAACUCACCUGGAAAACUGCAUCGUCUGGGCUCAACAGGUUCAGAACGCUUUCUGAGCUCUAGGGAAAGCCCGCGACCCAGUGGACAAGACCCAAACCUAUGGACAGUGGAGGACGUCAUGCAGUUCAUCAGAGACAUCGACCCUCAGCUCGGACCACAUGCAGACCUCUUCCGCAAACACGAAAUCGAUGGCAAAGCUCUCCUGCUGCUCCGCAGUGAUGUCAUGAUGAAAUACAUGGGGCUAAAGUUGGGUCCUGCCCUUAAACUCUCCUUCCACAUUGACAGACUGAAAGAGGGGCGUUUACCAUGAUGGCACUGUCUCAACCUCAAACGUUACCCCUUCUAAGCACAUUUCAAAACGCACGGCAUGCUGGGAUUCUUUAAUCCCCCAGUACUGUAGCAGAGGAUUGGGAAGCUUUUCUCCCUCCUCUUGUCCCUCCAUUUCAUUCAUUACUCCCUUUUUUCUGUUUUUAGUGAAUUUGGUUAUUAAUUAUAGCUCUGUUAUAAUCGUUUUUUAUAACUGAUGUUCUUACGGUUAUUCUCACGUUACACUUACGGUUGUAUCGUUCUAGAACAUUUUACCUGUUCAAACUUGACUGAAGCAGUGAAGUGGACAGUAUACAGGCCGUUUUUUUGGGCCUCGAUUUUUGAGACGUACAUUUAAUUGUAUAUUUUUUCAUCGUACAUCAAUAAUGGUGUUUUCUAUGGCUUUUAUACGAGACUAAUCAAUUCCAAAUAAACACUAGAACUCCUCCAUCAUGCUGGAGAUCGCUCUGGACGGACACCUCAAAGACCACAACUCAUCCACUUUAUACACUUUACUCAUUUAGAAGUUAUGAUGCAGUCACACUAGACUUUAAGCAUCCGAAAUCACUGGUCAGUUAUCAAAUGUGUGCAACAGGAUCCAUGCCAUCUGUUUGAAUCAAUUGUAAAUGGCAAAUAACAUUGUUCGAAAUGUUUCUUCUAUGUUCGAAAUCUACUCCACUUUGAAGCAGCACUGCAGACGGUUCAGUAUUUAAGUUUAUUUUCGUUGUAUGAAGAGGUCAGUCAGUGGCAUUUAGAUCUUCUGUUAGCCAGAUGUGUUUUUCUCAUACCAAUUAGCAGGUCAAAACAAAGCAGCAGACUUUUUAGUAUGCACUUGUGUUCAGAUGCAUGUGAAAGGAAGUCUAGUGUGACUGCAGCUUUACUGCCUGUAUUUCAUAUCGUGUUGAUGUUUACAUUGUCUUUGUUGUUUGUACUUUUUAUACAACAUGGUUAGAGUGCAUACAAUGACAGCGUUAUACUCCAUAAGCUUCAAAAUAAAAAAAAUUGGAGCUUUU